AUGGCUUCUGGUGCUCCAGCGACAUUUGCCGCCGGUUGUUUUUGGGGGACGGAGCGUUUUUUUGUCAAGAAAUUUGGGGAUGCGUUGUUGUCGCAUGAAGUGGGGUACAUGGGGGGCGCGGAAUCUGACGAAGUUGUCACAUAUUCGGCGGUCAAGAAGGGCACAACAGGGCAUGCGGAGGUGCUGCACGUCAAGUACAAUCCUGAAAAGGUCACUUAUCAACAGCUUCUUGAUUUCUUCUUUCGCAUUCACAACCCGACGACGGUGAAUCGGCAAGGAGUGGACGUGGGCACGCAAUAUCGCAGCGCUAUUUUUUACCACGAUGACCAGCAACUGAAAGAGGCAAAGGACUACAUUUCAAGACUCAAUGGUGCAGACCCGGCGCUUCGGGAGGGCUUUGUGAAGGCUUUUGGCGACGCUCAAGUUGCCACGAGCUUGGAGAAGGCCUCACGCCUUCACGUCGCAGAGGACUAUCACCAAAUGUAUCUGAAAAAGAACCCCGACAGGGUUUGUUCGCACCGAAUUCAUUGGUGA